AAAAUGUGUAGCCAAAUAUAUGUUUAUAAGAGUAUGUGCAUCAUAUAAAUUAUUCAUUCCUUCUAUACCUUGAAUAUCAAGCAAACAAUUGUUAACAAAACAGAAACAAAAUAAAAAUGUCUGCAAUCUGUCCCAAGUCAGUUAAAUGAAGUUCCCAUUCACCAUAACCUACUUUUUCUAAAGUUCUACACACGAUCAAAGUUUCCAUUCACCAUCAUCUGUGCUAAAACAUAUAAUGAGAUCAGAUUCUUAGGUUAUAAACUAUUGUAUGAUCAUAAUCUUAAGAAAUCUAAAACAUUUGUUUAUAUAUUAAUGAUAAAGCAGAAGAAGAAAGUUGAUUGCAGAUACUUUGUUAAACCUACUUUCUUGUCAAUAGAGUUGAAGCCCAUGAUGAAACUUCCAGAGAAGAUUAAUCUCUUUGCAGUGAAAUUUCAAGUGUGAACUCAUUAAUAUUUGAUGUAGAGACACUGAUGUCAAUCACUACUUCCUUGAAGUUGCUUCAGCUCUUCCUUGCCUUUUCCUCCUUAGCAUAGGAUGCCCCCAACGCACUGUUCCCACUACAAAGAAUGGUGGAGCCAUGCAUUACCUUUAUCUGUGAAUUUUUUUUUGCCACAAAGUCUCUCUCAGUCAACGGAGUCAACUUUUCAUGUAGCUUUGUUCAAUUAUACAAAAAGCAUCUUUGUUUCACUCUUUGCUCCACAAUCAGUAGCAAGCUCAUUGAUCCUUUUCCCCACCUCACAAAUGGAUUUCUCUCUUUUCCUUACCAUCGUUGCUGCUGCAAUAGGUUUCUUCGUGAUUCGAAGAUUCAGAUUCAAUCCAGAAAACAAUGAAAUCGAUACUUCGUCUUUGUCUCCAUCAUCACCACCAUCUUCUUUAUCUUCUAGGUCUUUGUCUACUCCAUCAACUCCAUCUGCUUUGUCUCCUUCAUCGGCUUCUCCAUCUUCUUCCUCUCAUGUCUGGAUGUACGAAGUCUUUCCGAGCUUCCGUGGGGAAGAUGUCCGCUACAACUUUCUCAGUCACAUUAAAAAGGAGUUUGAAAGGAAGACAAUCACAUUUUUCAACGAUAAUGGGAUCGAGAGAGGAGAAUCCAUCGCUCCUGAACUCAUACAGGGGAUUAGAGGAUCUAAGAUUGCGAUCGUCUUGCUCUCUAAGAACUAUGCUUCUUCAAAGUGGUGUCUUGAGGAGUUGGUGGAGAUUAUGAAGUGCAGGGAGGAGCUUGGUCAAACUGUGAUUGCUAUUUUCUACAAAGUAGAUCCAUCUGACGUAAAGAAGCUGACCGGAGACUUUGGGGAGGUUUUCAGAAAGACUUGUAAGGGUAAAGCUAAGGAGGAGAUUAGGAGGUGGGAACAAGCUUUGGAGAAGGUGGCCGUAAUAGCUGGUUACCAUUUAUCCAACUGGGAUGAUGAAGCUACCGUGAUCGAGAAUAUAUCAACAUGUGUUUUAAACAAGCUGGUUAAUUCUCCACAACCGAGUCAUUUCGACAAUCUAGUUGGGAUGAGUACUCAUAUGGAAAAUCUGGAACUGUUGUUAAGCCUGGGCUCCAAGGAAGUGAGGAUGGUAGGGAUUUGGGGUCCUUCUGGAAUUGGUAAGAGCACCAUCGCCAGAGUUCUAUUCAACCAACACUCUCAUCAGUUCCAAUUUAGUGUCUUUAUGGAGAACAUUAAAAGACUUUGGCCCAGACCUUAUUACGAUGAGUACAGUGUGAAACUGCAACUACAAGAAGAGUUCCUGUCCCGGGUAAUCAACCAAAAAGAUAUCAAGAUUCAGCAAUUAGGAGUUGUGGAAGACAGGUUAAAGGACAAGAGAGUGCUUGCCAUUCUUGAUGACGUGGAUCAUUCGUUGCAAAUAGAAGCCAUAGCUAAAGAAGCUCGGUGGUUUGGUCCUGGAAGUUGGAUAAUCAUCACAACACAAGAUAAAAGGCUUUUAUAUGCACAUGGAAUUAACCAGAUUUACGAGGUGGAGCUUCCACCUGACGAAGAGGCUCUUGAAAUUUUCUGCAUGAAUGCUUUUUGUCAAAAAUCUCCACCUGAUGGCUUCAAGGAACUUGCCUGGGAAGUUACAAGACUUGCAGGUAAGCUCCCUUUGGGACUGAGGGUUAUGGGAUCUCAUUUCAAAGGAAGGCCCAAGCAUGAAUGGGAAGAGGGACUACCAAGGUUAAGAACUAGACUUAAUGGAGAAAUUGAAAAUACUUUAAAGUUCAGUUAUGAUGCCUUAUGCGAUGACAAUCAAGCUAUAUUUCUUCACUUAGCAUGCUUUUUCAUCAAUGAGCCGAUUGAAAACGUGGAACGGUGUCUUGAAAAAAAAAUUGUUGGUGUGAAAGGUUGUCUUCGUGUUUUAGCUGAGAAAUCUUUCAUAUCCUUUGAGUGGGGACGUAUAAAGAUGCAUGAUUUGCUAGCACUUUUGGGUAGAGAAAUUGUUCGUAAACAAUCCAUUCAUGAACCUGGGCAGCGUCAGUUUUUGGUUGAUGCUGGAGAUAUAUGCCAAGUACUACGAAACGAUACACUAGUAAGUUUUCACAUUAGUCAUUUAAUGCAUUUCUCCCUAUAAAAAUCAUAUUUGUUUGUGUAUCGUUGGGUU